GCGCGGGGCGGGGAAAAGGAGGGCGGCCUGGAACGGGGCGGCUUGUCUGCUGCGGCUCCGGUUCCCCCUACCCCUCACGGGGAAGGGGUGGGAGGGUGCAGUGGAGAGGGUUAAAUGAGGUAGCAGUUCCCUUUGCCGCGGCCUGUGGAUGGUCUGUGUCUGGCGGGCGCUGUGGUUGCCCUGGGGCGGCUUUUGCCACUGUUCCCAUCUCUCUGGGCGUAGGGAGUGAGGGAAGGAAGGAGCCUGAAGUGAUUCCGGGAUCCACAAACCCCUCACACCCCUGGAAGCGGUGGAGGGAAGAGUGAAACAAUUCCCCGCCUCCCUCCUGAGGCGUCCCGGUUCUGCGGCAGGCUGGCCCGCAGAUUCAGAGAAUAAAAAUGGGAACUCCUGGAUCAGGACGGAAGAGAACUCCAGUGAAAGACAGGUUUUCUGCAGAAGAUGAAGCUCUAAGCAACAUUGCCAGAGAGGCAGAAGCCAGACUUGCAGCAAAACGGGCAGCUCGAGCAGAAGCAAGAGAUAUACGUAUGAGAGAGCUGGAGCGACAGCAAAAAGAGCUGGAAGAAAAGAGUGAAAAAUCACAUUCAGAAAUAUUUUCAAGGCCCUCAUCUCGCAAUUCAGUAAACACAACUCCUCUGAGUGGCAACUCAUCUAGGAGAGGAAGUGGAGAUGGAAGCAUUUUGGUGGAUCCUGAUGCCUCCCUCAGUGAAUUACGGGAUAUCUAUGAUCUUAAGGACCAGAUACAUGAUGUAGAAGGGAGAUACAUGCAGGGACUUAAAGAAUUAAAGGAUUCACUAGCUGAAGUUGAAGAGAAGUACAAGAAAGCUAUGGUUUCCAAUGCUCAACUAGACAAUGAGAAAAACAACUUGAUUUACCAAGUGGAUACUUUAAAGGAUGUUAUUGAGGAGAAAGAAGAACAGAUAGCAGAGUUCUAUAGGGAGAAUGAAGAGAAGUCAAAGGAAUUGGAAAGACAGAAGCACACCUGCAGUGUUCUGCAGCAUAAGCUGGAUGAACUUAAAGAGGGUCUUCGACAGAGAGAUGAAUUGAUAGAGGCGAAUCAACGUAUGCAGGAGAAUAUAGACUCCAUAACCAAAGAAGUGUUUGAUCUCCAGGAGACAAUUAAUUGGAAAGAUAAAAAAAUAGGGGCCCUAGAAAGACAGAAAGAUUACUUUGACUGCAUUAAGAAUGAGCGAGAUGAGCUCAGAGAGGAGUUGGCUGACCUGAAGGAAACAAUGAAGAGAGGACAGAAACAUGGAUUAGUUAUAAUUCCGGAUGGCACACCAAAUGGUGAUGUAAACCAUGAAUCAGUGGUUGGUACAAUAACAGUCGUAUCACAGGAAGCUGCUCAGGUCUUGGAAUCUGCAGGAGAAGGACCACUAGAUAUCAGGCUACGAAAACUGGCUGGAGAAAAGGAGGAAUUACUGUCCCAGGUUAGAAAACUGAAGAUGCAGUUGGAAGAAGAACGACAGAAAUACUCUAAAAGCGAUGGCAUGAAUCCAGAUAUAAUAGGCUUGGAGAAUGGCUCUGACUUGCAGCUAAUUGAAAUGCAAAGAGAUGCCAACAGACAAAUUAGUGAAUACAAAUUUAAGCUUUCAAAAGCUGAACAAGAUAUAACUACUUUGGAACAAAAUAUUGGACGACUUGAGGGACAGGUUGCAAGGUAUAAAAAUGCAGCAGAAAAUGCAGAAAAAGUAGAAGAUGAACUCAAAGCUGAAAAAAGGAAGCUUCAGCGAGAGUUAAGAACAGCACUGGAUAAGAUAGAAGAGAUGGAGAUGACCAAUAGCCAUUUAAUGAAAAGGCUGGAGAAGAUGAAGGCAAAUAGGACUGCGCUUUUAUCUCAACAGUGACAUGGAAAUUGAAAAUUCAAUGCACUGCUCCUUGAAUAACUAGUCCCUAGCUUGUUUAUACAUACAGACUUUCAGUGGCAGAAACUAUUUGAACACUGAGCUGUUCACUGGUGGUUUGGUUUCAUAAUUAAAUGACAUACUUUUUGUAAUUUAUGAGAGAAUGAAAUGUAGUUUGAAUUCCCAUGUGAAUGACAGCAAUUUUUCAGUAGUGUUUGAUUCUAGAGUCAAAGAUGGAGCACAAUGCUGUAUGUUUUUACAACUGUGGAAUCAAGUUUACUCACGAUCUCUUUUGGCUGCUUUAAUGAUGCUUGAUGCUCAGAGACAGCUGCAUGAAUUCAAGACACUGUAUUAUGAAACUAACGUAUACUUGCUUAAGACAUCACACAGCACAAGUGCCUUUUAUCUGGUGCAAUUUAGUCUUCAUUGUUGAAAUAACCUUUGAAACCAGAAAACAUUUUAUUUUAAGAUACAUUUGGGGUAUUCCCUAAACUUUAUACAUUUUGAAAAUACAUUUUUUAAAAUAUUUAAAUUUAUAAGAAAAAAUAGGGACUGUAUAUAAAUAUCUGCUUCUUUUGCAUGGGCACAUCUGACUUCUAUGUAAUUUUGUCAAAUACUAGCCUCUGAUACUCUUAGCAUUAAGAGUUUAGGUUUUAAAACACCAUCAAAUUGUGUCAUCUGCUUAAGUGCAAAUCGAAAUUUUAUGGGGGGAGGAAGGGGCCAACAAUGUGGCUAAGGAGUUUAUUAAAUGGACACUUUACUGACCAAAA